AUGUCUGGCUCCAUGGACGAGUUUGUCCACUGGGACGAGGCUGGCGCUGCCAUUGGCGGCACCACCGACUUUCAGCUCGACACCGAGAACCUCGAUCUGGUUCUUGAAAAUGUCGACGAAGAUGACUUUGGCUUCUCUGCUCUCCAGCACUACUCUGGCGAUGCCAACCUGGACCUCUUUGCCGUCCCCGGCGUCAUGUCCGAUCCUAUCCCCGAGGCCUGGUAUGAUGCUCCGCAGGCCGCCUGCACCCAUUGUGCUGCCGGAAGCUUUACCUGCAAAAAGAUUCGCGAAGGUAGUCACAAGGGCUACUGUACCAGCUGCGUUGCGCUCCGUGUCGAGUGCAGCUUUGCCGGGGCUCUGGCCGAUACCAACGUCGCCAUCGAGCCAUCAGCAACCUUGCCUUCGAACCCUUGGUCCGUCACCGGCCAACACUCCAACCCCAUACACUCUAGCUUUGCCAACUUCAAUGCUGCGACUAUUACGGCUCCAGUUCCAGUUCCAGUCCCAGUUCCUGCUACUCAGUCUGCCGAGAAUAACGGCAUUUUUGCCCCGGUGCCCAUUGCGCCACCCAAGAUUGGCGCCCGUUUCUCUCGCGAGUCUGUCCGCAUACUCAAAAACUGGCUUUCCACUCACACCAGACAUCCCUACCCCAGUGAAGAGGAAAAAGAAAUGCUGCAGCGUCAGACUGGUCUGAACAAGACGCAAAUCACAAAUUGGCUUGCCAAUGCCCGUCGCAGAGGCAAAGUCCAACCCCCUCGAUCAGUCUCUCCCAACAUCAGAAACUGGUCCACCUCGGGUUCAAUGGACAUACCGCAACGUCGCGGAACACCUGCCCUCGAAGCCAUGAACCCACUGCAGCGUUGGCAGGUCUCUCCUCCAGAACACGAACCGGCCUCGGUCAGCGCCAUUGCCAGGGCCGUUACCGCUUCGUCUUCUGCCCUGUCCUCAGGGCUCAACUCGCCUUACAGCUUCAACUACACCGAUGACGGCUCCAACAGGUCGCUUUGUAAGGAGUCUUCAGCAUCUAGUGUGGGAACAUCGCAGUCUAGCAAUGGUUCAUUUGGUUCGGCAUAUUCUCACGGCUCCAGACACUCCUGGGGAUCUUUUGGCUCUGCGCCCUUCAACAGCCGAGGCCGCCGCCGUCGCCGUCGCCGGGGCGCCACCAAGCCCGACGGCGACGCCAAUCUCUCUGCACCAUUGAAGACCUUUCAAUGUACUUUCUGUACCGAAACGUUCAGAACAAAGCACGACUGGCAAAGACACGAAAAGUCUCUACACUUGUCUCUUGAACGAUGGGUCUGUACCCCUCAUGGGCCUCGUGUCAUGAAUCCGGAAUCAGGACAAAUGUCUUGCGUCUUUUGCGGCAUUGCCAACCCAGAUGAUGCGCAUAUUGACUCGCACAAUCACUCUGCUUGCCAAGAGCGCGCCAUUGAGGAGCGGACAUUCUACCGCAAAGAUCACCUCAACCAGCACCUUCGAUUGGUUCACAAUGUCAAGUUUUUGGACUGGGCGAUGAAGCCGUGGAAGAUUGCGACGCCAGAGAUCCGCUCACGCUGUGGUUUCUGUGGCAUCGUGAUGGAUUCUUGGACUAUUCGUGUAGAUCAUCUUGCAGAGCAUUUCAAGACUGGUUAUUCCAUGGCUGAUUGGAAGGGUGACUGGGGUUUCGAAGUGCCCGUUCUCGACAUGGUUGAAAAUUCCAUCCCGCCCUAUCUUAUUCAUCAUGAGCGAACCUCACCUCUACCCUAUGUUGCCCUCCAGUCUCCGCCUGCGUCUCCGCGUAAUGCGUACGAGCUCAUCAAGCUGCAACUAGCCAACUUUGGCUCUUCGCACUGGGAACAAUACGGAAAGAACCCGACCGACGAAGAACUCUGCCUGGAAGGAUGCCGUAUCAUUUUUGCCUCCGAAUUGCUGUCUAUACAAGGCAUCGCCACCCAAGUAUCCUGGCUUCGUGACAUUGUCAUGAAUGACGAAGAAAUUACUCGUCAGGCCAAGUUUGGACCGCUUCUCCGUGCCGCCGAGCUUCAGAGUCUCAAGAUUAACGGCAAGGACAAUCUGUUUGAGGAGUGUCCGAUGGAAAUUCAGCUUCACCAGUUUGUCAAGGCCAAGAGGUUGCUGGGCUUGAUUGCCAUGGAUGAUGAGCUGCAAGAAGAGGCUUGCCGAAUCGUUGGACGUGUUGAAGAAAUUUGCACUUUCCCCUCCGAGGCUGUUGCCAAUUGGCUACUUCGGCUGAUCAAGCGGUCGACCUCCUGGUUGGCCCGCUUCCGGCGCCGCGCCCAUCUGCCCAGAACAGAAGAUAUCAAGAGCGACACCAUUCGUUCCAAGGAUCUCACCUCCAUCGACUCAACAAUUCACAGCUAUUCUAGACUGGAAUGUGAGCUUGGUGAUUUCUUGAAGGCCCAGCGCAGCUUAGGCAAGGAGCCCACAGACGAGGAUCUCCAGCGUCAGGCGCGUAUCAUCAUUUACGAGUUCGAUGAUGGAUGGAACCAGACGGCGGCCGACAGCAUGCAGUGGUUGGACGCUUUCAAGGAACGACAUGCGCUGGUGGAAAAGACGCCAGACAGCAUGGACAAGACAUCCCCGGAACAGUCUGAUCAGGCUACGGCUGUAGCUUCACCCAGUUCACAGUGGGCAGCGCCAGGCAAGAGGUGGCCAAGCGCCGUGAGUGCCAAAAAUGUCGAACCAGCCCAAUUCGGUAAACACAGUAGCGCUCCAUCGUUCCUCAAUGAUGCAAAUUGCUACCGCCGUCUUGCCAAGGAGCUGAAGAGAUGGGUCGCCUCGACCACGUCGCGCAACAACCCCAGUCGUCACGUCCCGACAGACGAGGAGCUGCGCUAUCAAGCACGAUGGAUCGUCUACGACGGUGACGACCCUUGGAACCAGACUGCAGCAGACAAUGCCGAGUGGCUGCAGAGGUUCAAGCGCGACGUGGGCAUCACCAACGACGGCGGGCCCGGCCUUCCGGAUAGCUACGCUUGGGCCAUGGAGCAAGGCGGUACCGGCUUCGCGCCGCCCUACGCCUGCCCCAAGUCGGACAACAUGGACCCGUUUGCCGGCGCCGUGCCCGUCGAGAUGCGCGACGGCGCCAAGCCCUUCCUGGCCGGGCCGACGGCCGCUAACAGUUUCCUCGACACGCUCGCGGAGCCACACACGCGUCCCGCCAAGGUGUUUUGCUCACGCGAGCUCGAGGCCCGCCUGCUACAAUUCGCCGAGCGACACGCUCUCACGCACGGCGACAUACCCGGCGACGUGGCGCUCCGUGCAGAGGCCAGACAGAUUCUGCAGACAGACUACACGGCUGCCGACGACGACAUGCUGCUCGGCAAGUUCAAGGAGCUGCUCUGCGAGAAGAUGCCAUUCCUCGAGCCGCAGCCGCAGCAGCCGAGCACAGACGUAGCAGCGGCGGCGGCGGCGGAGGAUGCGCUCGCGGCGGCGGACACGGACUUGGACAUGUUGCUGCACAGCAUGGACUUUGAUAUGGAGCCGGACUUUAUGAGCAGUGCCGUCAUUGGAACAGAUGGAGAAGACGGUGGUGCGUCGCUUCUCUGA